UAGAAACAGCUGAUAAACAGAUGUUUUUAUUUUGUUAUUGUUUUUACUUUUCACACACAUUUUCAUAAUAGACUAAUAAUUAUUUUACAAGCAAAAAUAAAUAAUUUAAGAAAAAUGUUUAGGAAUAUCAUUGUAAAGAUACAAAAUAACACCACAAAUAUAAAGUUUUAUCAUCAGACACGCCGCCUAACACAAACUUCGGCAACAGGAAAAGUUACAGCAGCAGUGGAACAACAGCCACAGCCAGACGAUAACUAUGAACUACAAAAAGAGCAUAUAGAGGCAGCUAUUAAGGCCACACCUAUACUGGCAAAUGUAUCACCGCAAAUGUGGCAAAAGGCUCAUGAAACAUUUCUCAAUCAUGGCAUAAACACAAAUAGUUUUUUGCAAAUCGUCACCGGUAAUCCCAAAGUAUUAAUGCGUUCACCCCGUAAAAUCAUAGACACUCUGGAACAUUGGCGUUCGUGUCAGUUUGGGGAAUAUUUUCUAUUUUUACUCAUCACUAAAUAUCCCUUCCUUAUGGAUGUCGAUGAUAAGAGGCGCCUCUUAAAACAAAUAUCUUUUCUGCAAUCUUACGUUAGUACCAGUAAAAAUGUUUGGAAAUUACUUAUGAAUUGUCCCACUCUUAUAGAGCAAACAGAAACUGCCAUAGAGGAGAAAAUUCUCUAUAUGAAAGAAACAAUGCGCAUUGAAAUACCGGAAAUUGUAAAAUCUGAAGCUUUGGGUAAAUCUUUGGAUGAUAUUAAAUGUCGUCAUAUAUUUCUGGAAAGACUGGGUCUAUUUAAACCCAGACCUUUAAAGGCGGAUCCGAAUGAACCCUCUAAAAAUCCGCGUUUAUAUAAAAUUACCGAUACUUCGGAGAAAACAUUUGCCACUAAAGUGUGUCAUGUAAGUUUGGCUGAAUAUGAGGCUUUUAAGGAGUUGUAUGUCAGAGAAUUGGAAAGAAUACGUAAAGAAGAAGAGGAUGAGGACGAAGAUGAUUUGUUAAGUGAUGAAGAGAAGUAAGAGAAGAGAGUUAUAAUCAAUUAUCAGUUAAAAAUUGUUUUAGAUUUAAAAUAAGAUUGUUG